AUGUCACAUCGUCGAGGCGGUACCGUUGCCCUCGCCUCCCCUCCCAUCGCUGCCUUUUCGUCGCCCUCCCUUCCCCUUAUCUUUGUGCUCGCUUCCCCUGCCCGUCGCGCUCCCAUCUCCCGCCCGUUGCGCCCCCUACCCCGCUCCUUCGUUUCCCCUGCCUGCCGUGCUCCUUUACUCUGCCCCGUGCCCUUGCUUCCCUUGCUCGUCGCGCUCAGUGGUCCUGCCCGUCGCGCUCCCUUCUCCUCCCACGACCCGCCCCCCUCCGUUACCCGCUCCCUUGCCCCUCCUUUUCCCCCUUGUUCUACCUCUGUCCCAUCUCCUCAUGUCCUUGCCAACUCCUCUCCUCCUUUCCUUCUCAGCCCCAACUUUCCCUACCCCACUUCCACAAUCCUAUCAUCCUAUGUUCACUCACAGCCCCUCUCCUUUCACUCACAGCCCCUCUCCUCCUUUCACUCACAGCCCCUCUCCUCCUUUCCUGGACAGCCCCUCUCCUCAUCCCCCUCUCAGCCCCUCUCCUCCUUUCCCUCUCAGCCCCUCUCUAUUCCCCUUAUAACCCCUCUCCUUUCCCUCUCAGCCCCUCUCCAUUCCCUCUCAGCCCCUCUCCUCCUUUGUGUGGCUGCGGCAGCAACUGCUGGCGCAGGGCUGGAGAAGGCGCCGCAGGUGUUGGCACGUGUACCAGCCACACUUCUCCUCGCGCCCAUGUCACAAGCUUGCGUGGCACCAAAAAGAGCCAUUCCAAAUC